AUGCACAGUCGGCUCACCGCUGGGGUUCUUGCCCGCGCCGCUCGGCCCUCCGCUCGCCGACGCGGCGCGGGUUCUACUGAUGCACCCCGUGCCAUCGCGUCACGAGCUGUCGGCGCCGUGCUUCCAUCCUCGGCCGCCGUGUGCACCCGUCGCCGCAUCCUGCCGCGGGGGGCCGAUCUGCUCGUGGCCAGCAGUAGUAGAGUUAGCAGUCACCGGUCGUACGCGGGAUGCGGCUGCCGAGGCGUCAAGCGCACCACCACCGCGUACAUUGCGCUCGGUGGCAACCUGGGCGACCGCGUCGCUGAGAUUGAGCGCGCCUGCAAGGAGAUGGACAAGCGUGGCAUCAAGGUCACCCGCACGAGCAGCCUCUGGGAGACGGAGCCCAUGUACGUGACGGACCAAGACCGCUUCCUGAAUGGCGUCUGUGAGGUCGAAACUGAACUGGAGCCAAUGGCCCUGCUUGAUGAGCUCCAGUCAAUCGAAAGGGACCUUGGCCGUCGCAAACUCAUCGACAAAGGCCCACGAAACAUUGACCUGGACAUUCUGCUCUACGGCGACGAGAGGAUAUCAAACGAGAGACUGACUGUUCCUCACAUUGGCAUCCCCGAGCGCGAAUUCGUACUUCGGCCACUAUCUGAACUCAUCCCCUCCAAGUCAAUCGACCCCUCCAAGCCUUGGAAGCUCGUUCAGGACUACCUCAACGACCUGCCCGUCGGCGAGCCCCUCUCCUGCGUCACACGCAUCUCCGCCCACGGCGCGCCGCUCACGCCGCUCACGCCCAACCGCGGCACGCGCCUCAUGGCCAUCCUCAACCUGACACCCGACUCCUUCUCUGACGGCGGGCGGCACAGCACGGCCGCCGCCACCGACCUCUCCGCCACCAUCCUCGCCAUGGUCCGGGGCGGCGCCACCAUAAUCGACGUCGGCGGCCAGUCCACCGCGCCGGGCCGCCCCGAGGUCAGCGCCGAGGAGGAGGCUGCGCGCGUGCUGCCUGUCGUGGAGCUGAUCCGGAGCAUGCCGGCCUGCCGAGACGUGGCCGUCAGCGUGGACACGUACCGCGCGAGCGUGGCCGCCGCGGCCGUCGCGCGCGGCGCCGACAUCGUCAACGACGUCUCCGCGGGCACGCUGGACGCCGACAUGCUGCCGACCGUCGGUCGGCUGGGCGCCACCAUCUGCCUGAUGCACAUGCGCGGCACGCCGCGCACCAUGAGCAGCCUCGCCGACUACCCCGGGGCCGGGCCUCAAUCUCGGUACCACUCAUCACGAGAUUCGGCUCUCGCAGACAGUAGGAGGGUGGUGGCGGUCAUGGUGGUGGUGGCGGUGGUGGUGGUGGUGGUGGGAUAG